UUAUUUAUUGUUCAGACGACACCUGGCGUGAAAACGACAUAGCACUUAUUAAAAUGAAGCUGCACAUCGCGAUGAACUUGCUUUUUGUGGCGUGCACUGUUGCAAAUGACAAUUAUUAUGUACCUAACAUACCGCGACCUCGUUGUCCAUCACUGCCGCCGGAUACGGUCGGUAUUUGCGCAGAUCUCUGUACCGAUUACUCCUGUCCAGGGGAUCAGUUAUGCUGUUCCAACGGAUGCGGCCGCGUUUGCAAAGAUGCUUAUUAUGAUGGAUGUCCAGGUGGGGGACAGCUAGCCUGCAAACCGCCAGCGUGUGAUGUAACUACUUGUCCCAGACAAAUUGAAGCAACAUGCAGACCAACUUGCUUCGGAUGUAUACCUCAUUUCUUUGACCAAUUCAACAAUGAAGUCACAGAAAAAUGCGAAUGUCGUAACGGUGAACUACCUGUGCAAUGCUCCGACAAUCCUUGUCGACAGAAAAAAUGCCGUAGGCAUCCCAAAGCAGUUUGUCGUACAAAUACAUGUGGAAAAUGUGAGGCUAUUUUCUACGAUCGUUUUGGAAACGAAGUCAAUUGUAAACCAGUAUGCAAGCAAGAAAAAUAUCCAGGACCGUGCAAAGCCAAUAUGCCAAGAUAUUAUUACAACACUGAAUCCAAAAGAUGCGAACGGUUCAUCUAUGGCGGUUGCCAAGGGAACGAAAAUAAUUUCAAAACUUUGAAGAAAUGUCAAAGAACUUGUGGUCACGACAUUUGUAAGCAACCAAAGGAUUCAGGACCCUGUGAAGCCGCGAUUUCAAGGUAUUUUUUCAACACUAAAAGUCAAGCAUGUGAACAAUUCUUCUACGGAGGGUGUGAGGGAAAUGACAACAACUUCGAAACUUUGCAGAAAUGUCAGAGUAAAUGCGGCGGAUACAAAUUUGAUCCAAAAUGCCCCAAGUAUAAACGUUGCCCCGCGCCAGAUCCAGAAAUUAUAAGAACACUUCAUGCUCGACGUUGCCUUCACCCAUCCUGCUUCUCUAAUGAUGUUUGCCAAAGGGGGAAUAUCUGUUGCAGUAACGGAUGUCAACAAAAUUGUAUAUCACCUCCAUACCAAGUCUAUCGCUGCCCGGCACCUAUUGCACCAGUUUCUCAAACAGCUUGUCCGAAGAUUUGUGAUACAAACAGUGACUGCAGAAGCGGUUACAUGUGUUGUGAUUUGUUCUGUGGGACUCAUUGCACUGCAAAACCAAGACCGUGUGACCCCAAUGAACCAAUGCAUAAGUGCAUAAACCUUUGCGAAGGAUUAGUCUGCAGAAAAUAUCCUGGAGCAAAAUGUCGAGUACACGGUUGUAGCGGGUGUAAAGCCGAAUUUUACGAUGAUCAGAAUAGACGAGUUAAAGACUGCGAUGAUAUUAUUCCUCCACCUUAUUUAUAA